GAAAGGGGCACGUGACCUCGGCUUGCCUGGUUACCGUAGGAAGCGUCGUCAAGGAGACAGCGGCGGAACCCGGCCGGUCCAAAUCGAACCGAUCCGAACCGAAUCGGGAGAGUCGGCGGCGAUGAGCUCGAGCGCUCAGUUCUGACUUUCGAACAGAGCGCGCGGACAGCCUCUCCGCGCUCGUGCACGCGCCCGCGCUCUCGCCCUAGCGCACUGCACUUUUUGUGAAAUGUUUCCCACUGGCUGCAACACAACUCCAGAGCAUGAUCCACCCACCCCCAUGUUUAACAGUUGGAUAGGUGUUCUUUUCUGCGGGUCUGCAGGAAAAAAAGAGAAGACGCUGUUGAUUGGGCGGCCGAAAUGACUGAGGUUUGGUGGCGUGAGUGACCGUAAGCAUGGGUAAACUCCAGAGCAAGUUCCGGCGCCGCUCUGACCUCUACAAGGCCAAGGAGGGGGCGGAGUCUGCACCUGUACCACAGGUAGUGCAGUUUGAACCCGCCCACUCUGAUGCUGUUAACUGUGUGACCUGCCUGACCUCUGACCUGUGUGUGUCAGGUGGGAUUGAUCAGGCUGUGGUUGUGUAUGAUUGGAGAGCUGGGAAGCCCUGCAGAUCUUUCCAUGGCCACAACAAGGAGGUCACCAAGCUGGCCUGUUUCGGGGGCAGUACGUGGAUCUUCAGUGCGUCUCGGGAUAAGUCGGUGAUGAUGUGGGACUUUGCCGGCGGCUCGGAACCGAUCCAGACGUUCCGCGGACACGAACUCGUCAUUAACGGAGUCGCCGUCGGCCCGGAUGGUUCGAGACUGUGCACGGGAUCUCGUGAUAACUCCAUGUGCCUGUGGGACAUCGAAACCGGAGCAUGUUUACAGAAAAACACCAUCUCACGCAACCUGGUAACUCAUGUGUGUUGGGUUCCUGGAGGAACAUCGAUAGUUCAAACCUCAGAAGACAAAACCAUCAGGGUGUGGGACAGUCGCAGUUGGCAGGUGACCAACACGUUUCCUGCUAAGCAGUACAUCCAGACUCACUGUGAUAUCAGCCCCAACUGCAACCACCUGCUGUCCAGCAGCAACGGCUUCCAGGGCCAGGGCUGUGAGGCCACGCUGUGGGAUCUGAGGCAGCCGGGCUGUAAGGUGGUGGAGUACAGGGGGCAUCUCCAGACCACGGCCUGCUGCGUCUUCCUGCCGCCCAGCAUCGGCUCGCCCCCACUCGUCGCCUCGGCGUCGUUCGACAGCUCUAUUAAAAUCUGGGACCAGAACACUGCAGCCUGUCUGUGUACUCUGUCUCUGGACGGGUCGGGUCCGUUGGUAUCAUUGGCGCCUUGUGACUCCAGCAGUUUACUCUGCGCCAGUUUUAAUACAGGACUGCACCAGCUCAACCUCUCCCGCGGAGCCCCGUCCACCCUGAGGGAGAUCGCCCGCUUCUGAGCACACGCACACACACACACACACACUGUGGAAAAGUCUUAGUCACCAAAUCAGGUCUUAUACCCAGCACCCUGAGGUGUAAGAUAGCUCAUUGCCUGGUUUAAACAGCAGAUCUUCUGAAUAUAUCUGCACUGAUGGGCGUGGUGCUCUGGAAAUGAGGUGUGUUCAGGUACAUUUCUGGAGUUUUAUCUUGUUUAUCUUGGUAACAGAAAACACAGGAGCUCCACUGACUGAAUACAAUCUAGACAGACGCCAACAGUCAGACGUUCAUCACUAUCUCGGUAACACAGGCGCUGUGCCGAGCAUAUUCCCAGUUCCCAUCCAAAGUCUAGUUUGCUUAGUUGUCUAAGACUUUUGCACAUAAACACACACACAUUUUUGCUAAUGUCGCUAACAGCUAAAGCUAACUCACUGCCUGGAACAUAAGAGACUCAUGGGGCUGUUGAAGGAUACAGUUUACUCAGGACACUUAUCGUCACUCUAACACACACACCCACACACACACACACACACACACAUUCAUGUACUGAAUCACUGUCUGAAUGAUCCUGCUGAGAAUCACUGUGAGCCAAACCUGCACUAAACUCUUGAGUCAACCACCAAAAACACUGAGACUACUCACACAGGAGUCUGUUUAAAACUAUAAUUUAAUGAACACUGUUUACACUGUUAAAUAUAGAUACAGCUCUGGAACAAAGAAUUCACCACUUAAAGAAUGGUGAAUUGAAAUGAUAAAGUUAUCCAAAAGCAGUGUGUAAGACUGGUGGAGGAGAACAUGAUGCCAAGAUGCAAAAAAAAAACUGUGAUUUAAAACCAGGGUUAUUUUUUUACCAGAUAUUGAUUUCUGAACUCUUAAAACUUUAUGAAUAUGAACUUGUUUUUUUUUGCAUUAUUUGAGAUCUGAAAGCUCUGCAGCUUUUUUCAGUCAUUUCAGCCAUUUCUCAUUUUCUGCAAAUAAAUGACAAUAUUUUUAUUUUGAAUGUGGGAGAAACAUAAACUUAUAAAUAGCAAAAUCAGAGAAACUGAUUCAGAAACUGAAGUGGUCUUUUAAUUUUUUCCAGAGCUGUAUAUGUAUGUAUAAAAAAGCAUCAUUUAUAACUUUACAUUACAAAUAGAAACAUCUGGUAGAUAGAUCUGAAUUUUUGAAAUGCUCUAGACUAGUAUAUAUAAAAGCUCAGGCCACACAAAUGGUAUUUUCUGUAGAAAGAUUCAGAACUCUGUAAGCAUGAACUACUGAGUAACAUCAGGCUAAUUUCUCUGAUGUAUGAUUUCUACAGCAGACUGAAUGUUCAGCUGAUUUUAUGUGAAACCUGUGAAGCAUCUGCUUGUAAAUAUUUAGAAAACACACCAAAGAACAGUACACACUAUGUAUGCAAAUUUGCAGAGUUCCAGCGCUGGAUAAGCGGGAUUACCAGCUCGUUUUUGGGGAAAUGUAGACGCGGAAUGAUUCAGCGCAGGCUGGGUUUUGUUUAUCUGUUUGUUUGCGUAAACUGCGGUAGCGUUAGCGUAGCUCAAUCUUUGCAUCUUUUUAAAUCUUUGCAUACUGACAACUGAUGCACACGUUCGGCACCACAAGCACGGAAAGAACCCAAACACAGGCCUACGUGCAGAGACUCAGUCCACCCCCACACUGCCGCACACUGUAGCGCUGCAGCUAAGCGCUAACGGGGAAGUGGAAACUGUGGAGGAAACCCCUUUUUACUUGCCUGUAUCUGUUACACAGGUGUAAAAACACUGACUUGUUAGAUCCGCUCUACUUAUACAAAAACGCCAUUAGCAUAGCUAAAAAUAAUAGUUAGCAUGUAGCCAAUUAGCAUUUUGUCUCUACUGUCGUCGGUUUUCCAGGUUAACAGUAGGUUAAACAGGGUUAGCAGUGAGGGGUCAGGAUGCUAAUUGAAGGGUUUUAGCUUUAGCUUUCAAUGUUUUGUAACUCUGAGGUAAAACUAAACGUUUACUAGAUUUUUUGCAGUGAUUAGCCAAAUUCUGUUGACUUUUUAAUUCUUGUUGGCUCUGAUUUGUGUUGCUAAUGCACUAAGUUGUCAUCCAGGACCAAAUUUAUUAAAGUUUUUAAUUUUUUAAUAAAUAAAUUGAGACUGAAUUACUCUACA